UCAAGCUGAAUCAAUCGACAAGUCAACAACGCAGUUGGACUUCAGACUGGGUGAAACCACGCCGACUCUCUCUUAACACUAGUCAGCUUUUAACACCUAAAAUGGGAACAUUGAUUAAACGCCUGAAUGGGCUUUUAGCAUCUGUCACCUCCAGGGUUUUUAAAACAUUCACUUGAUUGUAAGGGGCAAAAGACUUGUGUAAUAAGCGUGUAAUCAAUAAAAGUCUCGUCGUCGUGAUUAUUCACUAAUAAUAAUGUCGUUGAUGGAAUCAGACGAAAAUACCCCUCUCCUCAGAGGCGAUACUGAAGGGGUUGAGAAUGCAGACAGGAGCCGGUGGAGGUCCAUCAGGGUCAUGUACUUCACCAUGUUCCUUAGCAGUGUUGGUUUUACGAUUGUCAUCACGUCCAUUUGGCCAUACCUUAAGAAAAUAGAUGACAACGCGGACGCCAGUUUUCUGGGGUGGGUGGUUGCAGCAUAUAGUUUGGGUCAGAUGGUGGCCUCGCCCCUCUUCGGAUUAUGGUCCAAUCACAGGCCUCAGCGGGAGCCUCUAGUCUGCUCUAUAUUCAUCAACGUUUCUGCUAACAUCUACUAUGCCUAUGUUGACCUGCCUGCCUCGCACAACAAAAUUCAUAUGCUUUUGGCUCGCACGUUUGUGGGCUUCGGAGCAGGUAAUGUAGCAGUUGUGAGGUCCUAUGUGGCAGGUGCCACUUCCCUGAAGGAGAGAACCAGUGCAAUGGCUAACAUGAGUGCCUGUCAAGCUCUCGGCUUUAUACUUGGCCCAGCUCUGCAAGCUGCAUUGUGUUUCAUUGGAGAGACUGGCUUUAGUGUGAAGCUCAUUCGGCUGCAAGUUAAUAUGUACACUGCUCCUGCGCUGUUGGCGGCCUGCGUUGGUGUCAUUAACAUUCUUCUGGUUAUCUUCGUCUUGAGGGAGCACUUUGUAGAUGACAAAGGGAGGGACAUCCGUUCAAUCAACUACACCCCAGAAGAUCAAGUACCUGUGGCUCCUGCGGUGGAAGGUGAUAUUGACCAGAUCGCAGUGCUGACGUCCAACAUCCUUUUCUUUGUUGUUCUCUUUAUUUUUGCAGUUUUUGAAACUAUAUCCACCCCUCUAUCAAUGGACAUGUUUGCAUGGACAAGAAAAGAUGCAGUUUUGUAUAAUGGCAUAAUAUUGGCUGCCAUUGGGUUCGAGUCCAUCAUCAUCUUUCUGGUGGUGAAGGUUGUUUCAGUACGGAUAGGGGAUCGACCUCUGCUUCUCGGAGGCUUGAUUGUUAUAUUUGCAGGAUUCUUUAUUUUGUUGCCUUGGGGAAAUCAAUAUCCUCAAAUCCAGUGGACAGACAUUGAUAAUAACACUAUGCCAGCGUUAAGACUGGCACCCACCCUGGCAUUUAAUGCCUCGGUGGAGCCCACUGGAUGUCCGUCUGAUCAGACCUGGUGCUUGUUUACCCCCGUAAUUUAUCUGGCACAGUACAUCAUCUCUGACAUCCUGAUCGGAGUGGGUUAUCCGACAUGCAACGUCAUGUCCUACACUUUAUACUCGAAGAUACUGGGCACCAAACCUCAGGGAGUUUACAUGGGUUGGCUCACAGCAUCAGGAAGUGGUGCACGGACCCUUGGGCCUGUGUUUGUUUCUCAUGUGUACACCAUCCUGGGACCCCGAUGGGCCUUCAGUAUCAUUUGUGCAAUAGUACUAGCCGCUGUCAUUCUCCUCAGUGCAAUGUAUAAACGACUCAUUGCCUUCUCUGUACGCCAUGGAAGGAUAGAGGACUGACUGGUGCUUCCACUAACUACCGACAGUCAACUAGAAGAAAAGCCACUAUUGUAUUUAUAUUUCUUUUAUAGACAUUUGUGUUAAAUGCUUUGUAAGCAUAAUGGUGAUUCAGAUGGGGUUUCUGUGUGAAAAUACUAUGUAUUUCAACUAAAGUUCACACUGUUACCUUCAUUUUGAUUUUAACUACUAAUAGAGCAGCGUGGAUGGAUCCGCUGCCCCGAGUUAUAAUGUUUGACAGUUUUAAAACCUCCACAUAGGGUGGAAAUAAUUCAGGUUCAUGUGAACAGCAGUGUUAGAUAUUUGGCAGCUCUGAGGGUUAUUAAGCUUGUGAUUUUAAAGUGAAUGUUUUUUUUAAGACAAUGCUUUACGGAUUGUUUUGACAAAUAAUUAUUUUUUAAUCACUAUUCAUUUUAACUAGAAUUUAAUUCAUUUAAUUAUAUGCACUGUUGAAAGAAGUCUAAAACAUGUUCUUUUUAAUAACACUAGGCAUAAAAUGUACACAAGACGUUCAGAAUGUAGAAUAAUGCUUAUGAAAAGUAAAAUAUCCUAAAGCGUGACAGUAUAUCACUGACGAUUAUUAUCCUCAAGACAUAAUUCUGUCCCAACAGUUUUCCAAGGGUUCUUUAUUUGGUGGUUGUUAAAGCAGAAUAUACAGGUGC